AAAACCUCUCGACUCAAGCCCCCGCCCCUCUCGGCCUACGCCGCUGUCGUCACUUCCUCCCCUCGUUUCCUAGCAACUGCAGGCCGCUUGGGUUGACUUUGAAGGUGGAAGCGUUGGAACUGGAGUUAGAUUCCAGUAGGGUCGCCAGAGAUGGCAGAAGUUGAGGAAACUCUGAAGAGGAUUCAGAACCACAAAGGGGUUAUUGGAACAAUGGUUGUUAAUGCUGAAGGUAUUCCCAUCAGAACAACCUUAGAUAACUCUACAACAGUUCAAUACGCUGGUCUUCUCCAUCAGCUGACUAUGAAAGCCAAGAGCACAGUGCGAGAUAUUGAUCCUCAGAAUGACCUAACUUUUCUCAGAAUCAGAUCAAAGAAACAUGAAGUCAUGGUAGCCCCAGAUAAGGAGUAUCUUCUGAUUGUCAUUCAGAACCCGACUGAAUAAACCUGAGAUAACAAAUUUGACAAUAAUGAACCUAAACUACUUUUAACAGAUUCCUUCUUUUUCCUAAAAUUGUAUUCCUUCCUCAUGGAUAUUUUAAUGUACUUAGCUGUUUUUAUAUUGAAUGUAUUUCUCCUUAUUCCAUUUAUUUUCUUUCAGUUAUAUUUUAAAAGUGUCCAUUACCAAGGUAAUGCACUAUCAAAUUUCAUGUGUGUCCCUUCAUAAGUGUAGUGUAAUAAAAUUAAUACGAAGAAUAUGUUCUCU